AUGCCGGGCACUUCGAGUUUAUCCACGAGCUUGCGCAACAGCUUCGCGAUCAAGAAGGCUGGAUCGAGUGGUCAACUGUUGUCUCUCAACAUCGACUUAUUCCGCAACCUCAUAUUCUUCCUGUUUCUGUUAAGAUGGACGAGGAAGGGUUUACUGAAGCUUAAGGGACGUGGAUUGUUCGGCACGUUCGCAGAUACAUAUAUUGCCCUCAGGCGAUACGCAUACGGCCUCUUCCUCCGCGCGCCAGGCGUCCGAUCGCAAGUCCAGAAGCAGGUCUCCGAAGCAGUCACGAAGUUACAAGGGAAGCUUGUGCCGUCCGGACCCGGCAUUGUACGAUAUCUGACACUACCAAAAGAAGGAUGGUCGGAGGAGACGGUGCUGAGGGAGCUGGAAACACUGGCUAACAUGGACCACACGAGAUGGGAGGAUGGAUUCGUUUCUGGAGCAGUUUAUCAUGGAGGAGACUCCUUGAUCAAAUUGCAGACUGAGGCGUUUGGGAAGUUCACUGUGGCGAACCCUAUUCACCCUGAUGUCUUCCCUGGUGUAAGAAAGAUGGAGGCGGAAAUUGUGUCGAUGGUUUUGGCUAUGUUCAACGCUCCCGGUGGAUCAGCAGGUGUGACAACCAGUGGAGGAACAGAGUCUAUCUUGAUGGCAUGCUUGAGUGCCAGGAAUAAGGCAUAUGCAGAGAGAGGUGUCACAGAGCCAGAGAUGAUUCUACCAGAGACAGGCCACACAGCCUUCCGUAAAGCAGGCGAAUACUUCGGCAUCAAGAUCCACCUAGUUGCCUGUCCAGCACCCUCUUACCAAGUACACAUCCCCUCUGUAGCCCGCCUCAUCAAUAGCAACACCGUUCUUCUCGUCGGCUCGGCCCCUAACUUCCCUCAUGGCAUAAUCGACGACAUAACUUCCCUCUCCAAGCUCGCUCUCAAACGCAAGAUCCCGCUACACGUUGACUGCUGCUUGGGUUCCUUCCUCGUCCCCUUCCUCGAGAAAGCAGGCUUUGAAACGGAGCUAUUCGAUUUCAGACUCAAGGGUGUGACGAGUAUCAGUUGCGAUACACAUAAAUACGGAUUCGCACCCAAGGGGAAUUCAACUUGUUUGUACCGGAACGAGAAACUCAGGAGCUACCAGUACUUCAUCUCACCUGACUGGUCUGGUGGCGUGUACGCCUCUCCCUCAAUUGCGGGCUCUAGACCCGGUGCUCUGAUUGCUGGAUGCUGGGCUAGUUUGAUGAGCGUAGGCGAGUUAGGAUAUAUCAAGUCAUGUUCGGAGAUUGUUGGAGCGACAAAGAAGAUCGUCGAUGCUAUCGAGCAUAAUCCUGCUCUGAAUAGCGACCUGGAAGUCCUAGGUCACCCCUUGGUAUCCGUUGUUGCUUUUAACUCGAAGACGCUGGAUGUGUAUGAUAUUGCCGAUGCGAUGUCUGCUAAGGGAUGGCACUUGAACUCCUUGCAGAGUCCACCGGCUAUUCACGUCGCUGUCACUCUACCUAUCGUCAAGGUCUGGGAGAAGCUCGUUUCUGACUUGGAGGCUGUUGUGGAAGGCGAGAAGGAGAAGGAACGUGUUAGGAUCGUGGAAGGUAAAGGAGCCAAGGGGAAGAGCUUGGGUGACAGUGCUGCACUGUAUGGUGUUGCCGGAAGCUUGCCAAACAAGAGCGUGGUGGUUGAGCUUGCUAGUGGGUUCUUGGAUACCCUGUACAAAGCCUAG